AUGAUGAGGUGCUUUGAAAGAUUCGAGGCUGCCCUUAGAAAAGCAGAGCUAGGGUGUGUUCUCUGCCAUCUUGACUUCUCCGAUAUCGGCUGCUACGACACAUUUUGGCGAGGCUACGGUGACGGAAGCUUGUCCGACACCCUGACCCAGGAACUGAUCACAGACGACAUGAGGGCAGCAGAGGGAGGAGCAGACUUGUACAUACAUGUCCGAGUCUUGGACUUUGCCACAGAGGACGGAGACUUCCCAAGCCAGGACCCGAGUGGCACAGCAGGCCGAGGCCCCCCACAUCCUGGUCCAUCUCGGGAACAUUCAGGACAGGGUCCUCCUGCACCGGGCAGCAAUAACCAUGGUGACGACACGUCUCCUGGUUACCAUGGUGAUGGCACAGGUGGGCAGCAGGUGUCAGGUGGUGAUGACGUCAUCCAGGUGAAGCAGGAGCCAGCUGAACAGGUGCCGUCCUGUUGCAUGAUGGGAACAGUAAAAUCAGAAAUGGACACCGAUGAGCCGGAAGUGAAGGUGGAAUCAGAACUAGACAGACAGUUUGCCGCCAUUGCUGACCAUCUGGGUUCCAUGUGGGAGCGGCUGGCUUCAUCUCUCGGCUUCAACACUGACUACAUCCGGGACCUGACAGCCAGACUGCCCCCCUCCCUCCGUCCUCACCAGCUGAUCUGUGAUUGGAUGGAGAGGAACGUUGGUGACGUCACGCUGGAACAGCUGGUGCAGGCCCUGAGGGAUGCUGGGAUACACGAGGUUGCAGAUGCAGCAGCUUCUGGCCAGCUGUUUGUGACAGGAGAGCAUUGUGGGGCUGCAAAAGAGAAGCCAGAUGACGACAGGGAUGUGACCAGUCCCGGUCCCAAACCGGCAAGUUCCAGCAGCUCUGAGGAGGAAUCAGACAACAGGAACGCCAAGAGGGACGAUGAUGACGAGAGGGACCUUCCUGACUCAGCAAGUUCCGACUCAGAGGGAGAUGAACAUCUGGUGCCAGAAGGCAAGCCAUUCUCUGACAAGUAUGAACAGUCUGACGCCAGUGUAAGUUCCAUCUCAGCGGUAUACAGCAGUUCAGGAGAAGAAGAACCAGAGUUUGAAGUUGACCCAGAUUUCGAUGACCAGCUGAUGCUCAUAGCCAACAAACUUGAGGACAACUGGACCUGGCUAGCCUUACAGCUGGGAUUCAGCAGUACUGACGUUGGCAGAAUCAGCAGAUCCUACCCCCCAAACCGUCAGGCAAAACAGUGCCUGGGGGAGUGGGUACAGAGGGAACAGUGGGGAGCAACACUUGCCACUUUGUCGAUGGGACUGAGGACAGCUGGUCUGCACCAGAUAGCAGAUGAAGUAGAGACCGGUUCACUGUUCCAGAAGGAUGUGGAUGACGGUUCAAGGGGGUCAAAGGGGAAAGGUCGGGAUGAUAAAGUCGACGGGUCAAGUUUAGAUGGAGAUACAAAUUAUGCUCUCGUGACAAGAAGUACUUCAGAAGUACCGGAAAAUGAGAAUCUUGGGCCCAUUGCCGCUACCAUGACCUGUACCUCAUGCAAGCAGACGAUGAAUCCAGAAUAUUCUUACAUUUGUUCAGGUGGCAAGAAUUGUAACCUAUGUGUAGUGUGCUACAAGAAGAAAGGACACUCGCACGAAAUGCAGUGGGGCCUUCCGAGCGAUGUAGACACGUUAGAGCCUACUAUUAGUAAAGAAGAGGCCGAACGUGAAGCCAAUCAGCGGUGCAUGCAGACACUAAUCCAUGCCUGCCAGUGCCAAGAUGCAGACUGCAGCCAACCUAACUGUUCCAGUAUGAAAAGUGUGGCGCAGCACUAUAAGAGUUGCAUGAGAAAGACCGAUGGUGGCUGCCCUAUUUGCAAACAGUUGAUCGCUCUUUGUUGUUACCAUGCCAAACGGUGCCAAGAGCAGACAUGUCCAGCUCCAUACUGUCUCGACAUCAAGCUAAUGUUGCUGUCGCGCUCAGCAACGAUAGACAUUGACGAAUCCGCCACGAAAGAAAACAUGGACACCCUCCUGAUGACGACACCUACCGGAAAAGUGAUGCACUCCACAACGCUGACCACCACAGCCAGGCUGAGCCCACAAGCUGGAGCACUGGCAAACACGGUCCAAGUACGCAACGCACCAACAAGUCCCGGACUGACUUCGACUGUCUCUCCCAUCCCGGUUCCCCGGCCAAACUAUUUCCACACCGCGGGCGAGGAGAGUUCCAAUAACAGGUCGCCAGAUGACACUGACAGUGAGACAUCAGGAUCGAAGUCAGGUGGUAGCCAUGGUAACGAGGAGGGAGGAGCUAUUUUGGGGGAAGAUGAAAGCACAUCUGAGAAUACCGCAUCAGACAGCAGAACAGUCAGACCUUCCAUGUACCCGACUGGUGAAGACGCCUUGGCCUGGAAUGACUGCAUACAAGACUUCUUCAAGACUGAUGAAGACACGACAAGGUCUAUCCAAGAGAGCUGGCCAAGUAACUUACUGGUUAAGCACCUCAUCAGGGACAGGUUUUUGCACAUUUACUUAUGUGAAUACUGGAAAGAGUAUCAAAACUGUCCUGAUACUUUAUCAGAAUUUGUGGACUUUGUAGCAAAAGCUUGUUCAAGACAGCUGUGUUCCCCAAUUAAUGUAAGUGAGGAAGAAUUCGGGACUGCAUUUAAAAGUCUCUGCCUAGUGUUGGGAAAAACAGCUUAUGAGAAUGAAUCAACCAACAAGCAGUGUCUUGUGCAUCAAAGCCAGCUGGAAUGGAAUGAUAUCCAUCAGUCUAGCUUAGGGCUGCUGCAGCCCGCAUCUCAGGGUAAUGAUAACACUGGCUCUUUCCAGUUUGUACAUGACAGCAUAAGACAAUUUCUCAUUGCAAAGUGGGUUGUACACAUGGUUACAACAAAUACAGAGGGGGAGCAACAGUUGAGAGAUUUCGUUAAGAAAUCAGCUGCUCUUCCUCUCAGUUGUUACUUUGUUGCCCAUCUUCUCGGCCAAUCAGACAGCCAUAGAGACCAUCUGCUUCAGUUUGUGAACUUGCUUAUGCAGUCAGAUGCGGAACUUGGGGCAUUCGAUCACAUGUUACAUGUUGUAGCUACAACCGUGGAAUCACAACAGGUAGAUUUACUGACAUCAGCUGUAAAGUCCCUGUUCCCAGAGGAAACUCUUGACUUGCUUUCCCUCCCGGAAAUAUCCUUCCAUGGGCUCCACAGUCUGACAAAUUUCAUGUCCAAAAGCGGAGCCAUUAGAGAUAUAAAGUUACCCAGCGAGUUGAAAUAUAAACACCUACUUAAAAUGUAUCCAUUUAGCAAAUCAAAAUCUGCCAAAAGUGUCAGUCAUUACCAACAAAUCCGCUGCUUAAGCUGCUUGCCUUUAUUCCAGACUGAAUCACGGCAUGCUGAGAGUUUGUACUUCAAACGAACUGAUGAAUCCUUGGUAGUAGAUCACAUUCAGAAGUACCUUUUGCACUGUCCCUUACUGGCAGCACUUACCGUUCAAAUGAAAGGGGUUGAUAUAAACGGUUUAUCUAAGAUGGCGCCGUAUUUUCUAUUCGCGCCAUUUCUCAGCACAUUAACCCUUCAUAACACAAAGUUUUCAUCUUCAUCACUAGAAGACGUGAAAAGGAACGCACAAUUAGUUUCAGCUAGAUGCCUUGCUUUAUGUAGGGACUUAAAUAUUUUAAACCUUACUUAUUUUCAUAUUAUAGAUUUACCUCCUCUCCCCAACCUGGAGGAGAUAGAUCUCAGUCAUAACAGUAUUAGUGAUGAGGUAGUGUCUGGUCUUGCCGAAGGUUUUGGUUCAUGUCAGAACCUGAAGAAGGUGAACCUUAGUCAUAACAGGUUGUCUGGCAGGGGAGACUUCUUACCUCCCCUCCCCAACUUGGAGGAGAUAGAUCUCAGUCACAAUGCCAUUAGUGAUGAGGCAGCGCCUGGUCUUGCUGAAUGUCUUGGCUCAUGCAAGAAACUCAAGAAGGUGAACCUUAGUCAUAACAAGUUGUCUGACAGGGGAGACUUCUUACCUCCCCUCCCUAACUUGGAGGAGAUAGAUCUCAGUCACAAUGCCAUUAGUGAUGAGGCAGCGCCUGGUCUUCCUGAAUGUCUUGGCUCAUGCAAGAAACUCAAGAAGGUGAACCUUAGUCAUAACAAGUUGUCUGACAGGGGAGACUUCUUACCUUCCCUCCCCAACUUGGAGGAGAUAGAUCUCAGUUACAAUUCCAUUAAUGAUGAGGCAGUGCCUGGUCUUGCUGCUGGCCUUGCUUCAUGUCCGAACAUGAGGACUGUCAAUCUCUCCGAUAAUAACAUCUCCAAUAAAGGGGCACUGAUGCUGUUGCUAGAACAACUCGAACAGCUGCAGGUGGACAUUAGAAACAAUAAUGACAUAUUUAACGACCUUUGGUCUCUCCUCACACGCAGAACAGAUGCCAGCCAGGUAACAAAACUUGAUCUCAUACAAAACGAAUCCUCUUGGCAGGAUGUUUCACUACCCGUUACUGCAGUCCACCUUCUACUGCAGUUCCUCCCACAGCUGCCCAACCUGCAGGAGUUAGCACUUUGUGUCAGCUGUCAGGGAGAGGAGGAAGCUGAACACAUCAACCAGCUGUAUGGAGUGCGACAUGUGUUAAAGAAGCUGAAGCUGAUGGACUGGUCAUUGGACAACAUGAUAAGACUCUCAACUCAGAUGUUCCAACAUCUGCCUCUGUUGGAGGAGAUAGAUCUCAGUCGCAAUGCCAUUAGUGAUGAGGCAGUGCCUGGUCUUGGUAAAGGCCUUGGUUCAUGUCAGAACCUGAAGAAGGUAAACCUUAGAUUUAACAAGUUGUCUGACAGGGGAGACGUCUUACCUCCCCUCCCCAACUUGGAGGAGAUAGAUCUCAGUGACAAUGCCAUUAGUGAUCGAGCAGUGCCUGGUCUUGCUGAGGGUCUUGGUUCGUGUCAGAACCUGAAGAAUGUGGACCUUAGUUAUAACAAGUUGUCUGAUGUUAGAGAACUGACAGCUGCCUUCAUCAAGCUUCCCGUCCUGACACGUGUGGAUAUUGAUUACAAUCUCAUCCGUGACGAGUCCCUCCCUGCCAUAGCUGCAUGGCUGAAGGUUACGACAGAUGUGGAGAUAGUCGACCUGGAAGGCAACAUGUUCAGUGCUGAAGGAGUCCGAGAUUUUGUGAGGACUAUGAAGGGGAAAGCUUACAGGUGGGGAAAACUCCUGUAUGACGGCAGCCAGGCUGAUGUGGGUGGGGCUGUAGAAUCAGGUGGGGAGGAUGAACGAAGGGAGGAACAGCAGUGGGGGAGGUUAAGGAAGGAGACAGAGUGGAUGAUUAAUGUGAAGUUCAGACAACAGACAGUUAGGAUCAACCACAGGGGCCCCAGAUCAAAUAACCCACACUCAAUGUCACCUUAG